AUGAGUGAUUUAUACCAUAAUUACUGGAUUCUAGCUGAUGCCAAGGAGGAGGAUUUGCCCAAGGUAAGGCAAGUGGCCCUUUUUAGGUUAUUUUCCUUAAUAGUCUUCCCUGGUCCUCCUUAGGCCUUAUACAUUUUUAACUUCAUGAGUGUGUGUCCCUUGGGUCUUAAUACAUCUUAUGAGGAUAGGAAAGGGUGGGGGAACUGUAAAUCCUUACAAUAGAUUUAAUAUAGUUCCACUGAAUGUCCAUGCUGCUAAACAUAGUUAUUGUGUAUUAGAAAUGCUGUUUUAAUUGCAACAUUUUUGUCCUGAUUAUCUAAAAAAUGCUACAUCACUUUGCAUGUGAGCAAUGUACAUGUUUUUUAUCCUUUCUCAGAACAAAUUUUCUUAUGAGACAAUAUUUAAUGGCGUCAGAGGAGGUGUUAGGGAACGAAAGUUAACAGCCCGAUUGAUCCCAAAGUUCUUCAAACACUUUCCAGAGUUGUCUGCUUCCGCUUUCAAUGCUCACAUUGCACUAUGCAAUGAUAAAGACAGUUCAGUAAGUAAUACAAUCAAGUGUUGUCUUCCUAGUUUUCAAAUGUUUGGAUCAAAACUAUUUACUGCAUAUAUUGUAGAACUGCUAUUGUUAGUUACAAUCAUUAAGCUAAAUAAUUUGAAAAUGAAUCCUGUAUAUCGGAAUAUGUUCAGUGCUGGCAAAAUGACAUACAGCUUUUAACAUUUAGACAAAAUCAAUGUGCAAUAAAGUUUUAUAUUUUCCAAAAUUCCAAGCAAAAUUUUAAUUUCUUACAAUUUAAUGUUUUAUAAAAAAAGCCAUACUAAAUAUUUAUUUUAAAAUUCUCUGUCUUAAUUUUUUCAAUUUAAAAUGUUCAGUAGUUAGUAAAAUCAAAUACAGGGUUAUUCACUAAAGUGAGUAUUGCAAGGAAUUCAAAAUGAAUUUCAAAUAUUAGACUGAAAUAGCCGAUUUAAAAAAACAUUCUUCAAAUCAAUUUUCUGUUUAAUUUGGCUGUUUUAGCCUUAGGAUUCAAAUUGAUUUUUAAUUUCCUUUGAAUUCUUAGCUAAUCUUAAUUUAGUAGGGAACAUAAAUAGAAAAAGCCAAAACAGCGGAAUCAGGUAUCAUAAACCUAGUUCUGUUAGUGUUGUCUACAUUUUGUAGCUCUGGAGCUUGAUCGGUACAUUGCAGGUUGUGGAGAAUAGACUUUGGAAUUUCUUUGCUUGUAAGUCUUUCCAAUUCUCCUGUAUAUGUAAAAUUCUCUAGUCAACUCCCACAAUUCCCAGUUUAGUGAAGGGGACUCUUUAUAAUUAAGUAAUUAUAUUUUAUGAAUUUCUUUGUAUUUCUCUCCUCCGCUUAAUAUACAUUUCAAUGUGUGCACAAUUAAAUCAAUUAAUGUAGAUAAAUGCUGAUUGCCCGUUUUUGUUUUCUAACCAGGUUCGCCAUCAAGCUGCACGUGGCCUAUUGCAAUGUGCAUCUAAAGACAAUCUACCUAAUGUAGCCGAUGUUUUGACGCAGUUGCUAAAGACAGGUAUAGUACAAGCUCACCAUUUAUUAAUGACAUGGGGUCUUUCAGUGACCAGUGAAUUGUGUUGAACUAAGAAUUAGACUGAAAAGUUUACACCAGGAUAGUCAAUCUGAAAAAAUACCAUAACUGACAUAUUUUAAUUUGUCACUUUUGGUCUAAUUUGCAGUUGGUUUGUCAGUAGCGUAACAUAAUGCCCGAAUAACAUUUUAUCUCUAACUUUUAGAUGACUUGGCUGUACAUGACUUCGCCAAUAAAGCUUUGUUACACCUUUUGAAAAUGGAUGCCAUAGGUAAGCGGAAUCUUCAUAUUUCUAUAUAUAUAUAGAAUUUAAAUUUCAAACAUACCAUUGAGUAAGUUAAACAAGUUAUUUCAGGGAUUUAAAUAUGUAUUUUGAGAUUAUUCUUCAGUAGUACAUCAUAAGGAAACCAUUAAAAAUUUAAAAUGUGUUUAAGGCUUAACUUUUAUAUAUAUAUAUUUUUUUGUAUUCCUCUCAGAAUCCUGAAGACAUAUUUUUACUGUUCUAUUUUCACAGGCACAUUAAAAAAGAUGAUUCAUCACAUUCGUAAAGGAAGGAAAAUAGUACGAAAUCGAGCUAUGAAAUUUCUUUCCUUCAAACUAAAAUCUCUGCCGGAGGAAGUUAUGACAAAAGAAGUGGAACAAUUAAUUCUGUUUCAUUUUGGAAAAGUGAGUUUAGAAAUAUAUAUUGGUGAAAUUUGUAAUCUAGCAUAA